AUGGCCGAUCAAAUCGCACGGGGAGAAGAAUUCGAGAAGAAAGCGGAGAAAAAGUUGAGCGGAUGGGGUCUCUUUAGCUCCAAAUAUGAAGACGCUGCCGAUUUAUUCGACAAAGCUGCCAAUGCGUUCAAGCUUGGCAAAUCCUGGGAUCAAGCUGGUGCAGUGUAUGUUAAGUUGGCUAGCUGUCACUUGAAGUUGGAUAGCAAGCAUGAGGCUGCUAAUGCCUACGCUGAUGCUGCUCAUUGCUACAAAAAGACUAACACUAAAGAGUCAAUAUCAUGCCUGGAGCAAUCUGUGAAUUUGUUUCUGGAGAUUGGAAGACUCAACAUGUCUGCUAGAUAUUACAAGGAAAUUGCUGAGUUGUAUGAGCAAGAACAGAACUUGGAGCAGGCUAUUAAUUACUAUGAAAGAUCAGCUGAUCUUUUCUUAAGUGAGGAAGUAACAACUUCUGCAAAUCAGUGCAAGCAGAAAAUUGCGCAGUUUGCUGCUCAACUGGAACAGUAUCCAAAAGCAAUUGAGAUUUAUGAAGAGAUAGCCCGGCAAUCACUCAACAACAACUUAUUGAAGUAUGGAGUUAAAGGGCACCUUCUUAAUGCUGGCAUUUGCCAACUCUGCAAGGGUGAUGUUGUUGCAAUCAACAAUGCUUUAGAGCGAUACCAGGAAUUGGAUCCUACAUUUUCAGGAACACGUGAAUACAAAUUGCUAGCGGAUCUAGCUGCUGCUAUUGAUGAGGAAGAUAUUGCCAAGUUCACUGGCGCUAUCAAGGAAUUCGACAGCAUGACGCAGCUGGAUGCUUGGAAGACGACUCUUCUAUUAAGAGUGAAGGAGGCCUUGAAGGCCAAAGAGCUGGAGGAGGACGAUCUUACUUAA